AUGGGCAGAGAUUUUUAUGGCGAAAUCCGCGAUGAAGUCAUAAAGAAGGGUGAACCGUUAGUUCCUGAAUUCAUCAAGAAUAACUCGGAUAUUAAAACGACCACGCUUCCAAAUGGUAACAGUGUUAUGGAACCUGUAGCUAUCACGGAAUGGGUAAACAAAGUCAGAAGAAAAGUUAUCCACAAUAAGGAAUACGUCGAAGCGGAAAUUGAGACUCAAAAAUCGGCUGCUCGGAAUGAAGUGGAGACUAUCAAACAAUACUGGAGAGACAACGUCUUUACCGAUAGAAAGGAAGUGGAUGAACAUAUUGUCACUGCAAGUGUAUUUGCUUUGGGAGCGUGGUUCUUCGGUUCCGUGGUAUCAAGCAAAAGAAACUGGGGUUUCCAAUCUCCUUGGAAUAGUGAUAAAUCAGGUAUACUGAAGAGAACGCCCUCACAAUUCUCUAAACUUCUAACAAAUCUGCCAGUUAGGUUGACUCUUCCAUGGAUUCUUGCAGGCACUGUUUACAGUCAAUUAACACCAAACACGUGGAACAAUGCUCUAUCCGCAAUCAAAAGAGACGUUUUACCUAAAGAUGUGGUAGAACAAUCCUCUGCCCUUUAUGACGAUAUUAUUGAAAAGGGAUUGAAGAUUCAAUUAAGGUCAUUGAAUCAAUCCGCUCAUGAAAAUUUACAGGCAUCUAUCUGUUCAAUAAGAGAAACCAUUGCUGAAAACGUCAAAUAA